GGUCGAUGUCGAAAUAAAAAAAUCCGGUUUGUCAGGUGACUAGCUAGCUCAGAUAAAUGUUUAAUUAAACAGUAGACAACAGUAUGAUAGUUUAGCUAGUUAUGUUGCUUGCACCAAAAUUAUUGUCCGUGAAAAGUGCUGCAGAAUAUACACCUUGCCCUUGAAUUCGAGACUACUGAAACGGUAACGUUAAGAUCAUUGUUAGCUAGCUAGAGAGCUAGCUAGCUAACUGUUAGCGAUCUAGUUAUGUUUGUUGUCAAGCUGGCGAAUCGUUGCAAUGCUGGCUUAUUAACUACAUCUCCCUGCCCUGACACGGCGAUGUUUGUUUUGAUAUUCAUCAUGUGAGCCAUCCAGCCAUGUCACUUGCAUACUAUCGACUAUCUAUAACGUUAUUACAGUUUGUUAUUGCAGGUAGCUGUUAGCUAGCUGGCCUGAUUUUGUUGUACACAAGCUGCGUGACACUGUCACCGUUACGUAACGUUAAAUUUACCUGACGUGGACAUUUUUUGAACAGACAGAUGCCGCGUUCAAAACAACUCGGGAAAAAAAAGAACCUCACCACAAAAAAAAUCUAUUUGAACGGUCAUUCCGAGCUGAAGAUCACCGACGUCAUGGGUUGAUCUCUUUUCUUUUUUUUCCCCGAGUUCCCAUUUGUAUUGAAGGUACCAAGUGCACAGACUAGAGCUGACAUGGCAAGCAUGAUGUCGAAUAAUCCCCUGUAUUUUCUCAUAUCUAGCUAACGUUGGCUCAUAGUUACCAAUGUUAGGGAAUAAGCAAACAGCUUAUUGAGCUGCAAUAACAAUUAUGUAUUGUUUACUUGGUAUCACUUGUAACACCACAUUACUGAAGUUAUAACAUUUGCUCCUAGGCCUCGAAUGCAUUAUGCUUGACACCGUGACUGCAGUGGUGAGGUUUGCGCAAUACAAUAGCACCGUAUUGCCAACCUAUGUGGAGAACACAUCAGUAAUCCCAACCUGGCAACCAGAGUUUGAGGCCAACAUCACCAAGCCUCACAGAUGUCUGCAGGUCCUAUAUGAGGACAUUGGCGAGUCAAGGUAAGUCAGAUAGGACUGUGUUUGCUGUGCUUCCUUUGAACUUAUUGCAUUAUCUCAAUUCUACAUUUUGAAACAUUAUGUCAUUUGCAUUGAUGGAACUAUUCAGUUCUGUGUUUAGUGUGGUUAUGAAGACUGGUGUAGCGUAGGAAGAAUAACACUUCCUCUUUUGAAAUAAUGGCCAUAUAGACUAUACAGCAGGUGAUGGGGGUUUGGAUUGAUCUAAAACAAGGUUUGAGUUUCAUGUGUCUUCAUAAUCAUUUGUCAAUGUCUCUGGCAUACCACCCUGCAGGCAAGCAGCAUACCACUGCUAGCUUACCUCUGAAGCUAAGCAGGGUUGGUCCUGGUCAGUCCCUGGAUGGGAGACCAGAUGCUGCUGGAAGUGGUGUUGGAGGGCCAGUAGGAGGCACUCUUUCCUCUGUUCUAAAAAUAUAUCUGAAUGCCCCAGGGCAGUGAUUGGGGACAUUGCCCAUUGCCCUGUGUCACUAAAGAUCCCAUGGCACUUAUCGUAAGAGUAGGGGUGUUAACCCUGGUGUCCUGGCUAAAUUCCCAGUAUGUGCUUCAUACCAUCAUCCCCAGUUUUCAAUUGGCUCUUUCCUUUCCCCUGUAACUAUUCCCCAGGUUGUUGCUGUAAAUGAGUAUGUGUUCUCAGUCAACUUACCUGGUAAAAUAAGGAAAAAUAACAUUUAAAAAAAAACUCUCCCCCUCCUUAGAGUUCGGUUUUGGGACCUCAUGCUCCUCAUUCCCAAUGUGACUUUCUUCAUGUUCCUGAUGUGGAAGCUGCCCUCAGCCAGGGCCAAGAUCCGGCUCACCUCCAGCCCCAUCUUCAUCACCUUCUACAUACUUGUAGGCAACCUCUUAUAUACAAGCUCUGGAAAUAGGACCGCAUAAUAACAAAACCAGUGAGAUCCUGCUUGCAACCUCUUUUAAUGGAUGUCUGACCUAUGUCCUUCCAGGUGUUUGUGGUGGCAGCGGUGGGAAUCACCCGUGCCAUAGUGUCCAUGACCGUCAGUGCUUCCAGUGCUGCCACCAUCAUUGACAAGGUAAGGCUACAAUGGCAGUGCACAAUUGGUGACACUCUGAACCACCUGUACUCAAGGCAUUUACAGUGGCUUCUAUCCCACUCUGUAGUGUGUUUAUAGACUUGCUGUAAUAAUUCAUAACAGCUCAAGGCUUCUUGCAACAGCCCUUGUAGAUGCAUAAAAGCUUUGGAUUUGUAAUGCACUACACAGAUGGAAGUUAGCUUCCGUAAAAAGGGAAAAUGUGUGCUCUGAGCGACUUGGGAAUCUAGAAAAAGACAUGAACCUAGGAAACUUCACAAGAUUAUUAUCUCAAAAAAGAAAGAGGACCUGUCCGAUUUAUUCAACUAUCAGGACAAACAUCUGAGUGCUUCUCUUUCUUUUCGGAGAUGGUCAUCUUGUAAAGUGUCCUGGGGUUCUUCCCCCUGGUAGAGCAUAAGACUCGUUUUCAGCAUUCGUAAGAGCUCAAGACUCCUUAUAACAGUAUAAGCAUGGAAGCAUGUAAAUAAAGGAAUUCAUUUACAUACAGGUGGUUCUCAGAAAGUGUUUCCCUCAAAAUGGCUGUAGUAUAAUAAUAAUAAUAUGCCAUUUAGCAGACGCUUUUAUCCAAAGCGACUUACAGUCAUGCGUGCAUACAUUUUUUGUGUAUGGGUGGUCCCGGGGAUCGAACCCACUAUCUUGGCGUUACAAGCGCCGUGCUCUACCAGCUGAGCUACAGAGGACCACAGUAGUAGUGGUGAGAUAGUGUCAGUCAUUGAGCUGUGCUGUAUCAAUUGAAUUUGGAGCCAUACACUGCUAUAAAUGGCUUCUUAGUUCACCCGGGAAACGAUUGAGAUUCACUCUGUCUGCGUCCUAAACGGCAUCCUAUUCUAUAUAUAGUGUACUACUUUUGGUCAGGGUCCAUAUGGCUCUGGUAAAAAGUACAAAACAUUAACAACCCCUGCUCUUUCCAUGACAUAGCAAGGUGAAAGCUACAAUCCCUUAUUGAUGUCACUUGUUAAAUCCACUUCAAUCAGUGUAGAUGAAGGGGAGGAGAUAGGUUAAAGAAGGAUUUUUAAGCCUUGAGACAAUUGAGACAUGGAUUGUGUAUGUGUGCCAUUCAGAGGGUGAAUGGACAAGACAAUUUUUUUUAAAUACAUUUGAAUGGGGUAUGGUAGUAGGUGCCAGGCGCACCGGUUUGUGUCAAGAACUGCAACGCUGCUGGAUUUUUCACGCUCAGCAUUCUCAAUGUGUGGAUCAAGAAUGGUCCACCACCCAAAGGACAUCCAGCCAACUUGACACAACUGUGGGAAGCAUUGGAGUCAACAUGAGCCAGCAUCCCUGUGGAACGCAUUCGACACCUUGUAGAGUCCAUGCCCCAAUGAAUUGAGGCUGUUCUGAAGGCAAAAGGCGGGGGGGGUGCAACUUAAUAUUAUGAAGGUGUUCUUAAUGUUUUGUCCACUGUGUAUAGGGCAAUGGUAUUCAAACCUUUUCAGCGGGGACCCCAUUUUUUCCACCAGAAUUUAUGGGAACUCCAUUGACCCCACCCCAUAUCUAAUGACACAACCUUAAAAUCGUUACAUUUUAGAUUUUUACAUCAGCAAAUAACCUUCAAUUUAUUGCAUUUUCAUAUCUUAUCAAAAUGAAAAGAAACCAAUGAAUUCAUUUUACAUGUAUAUAUUUUUUUACAUAUUUGGCCACCCCACUGCAGUUCCCGUCGCGACCUCAACUUUGAAUACCGCUGAUAUAGGUAAUAGGGUGAUGUUUGCGACGAAUCCAAUGACUUUCCAUAGGGUGAUGAAAUUUCACUUCUGUUAUAAAAUACAUUUUACCAAGACAGGCGGCAGGUAGCUUAGUGUUUAAGAGCGUUGUGCCAGUAACCGAAGGGUCGCUGGUUCUAAUCCGAACCGACUAGGUGAAAAAUCUGUCGAUGUGCCCUUAAGCAAGGCACUUAAUCCUAAUUGCUCCUGUAAGUCGCUCUGCAUAAGAGUGUCUGCUAAAUGACUAAAAUCUAAAUGUAAAUAUGCGUUUUUGAUUGGACACCCUAUUUCCAAGGCUCUCCUUGUGUAUGCCUUCAGGCAUUCCUUAAAUUCCAGACAGAUGGACAAAUCCCCCAUGGUGUACAUAGAGAUCAUGUUUGUGUAUAUUGCAGUUAAACAUAUCUAGGCGUACAUAGAGUGUAUAUAUAAUAUACUAUAAUAGUCAUUAGCAAUAGGGAGCAUGAAGGACGAAGAAGUGCUGUGACUUGAUUAGUGAUAACAUGAAGAUAUUUCAAGAGUGUCUCAACCCUCUAAAAUGGCCUAGUCUCUGUCUCUUUUCCCUUCGUGUGCACAGAUUUCAACAGACAGGAUGGGAUCCUCAGAAGGUCUGAAUUUGGGUAGAGAAAGCUGAUCUGAAAGCAGUGCUUCCAGCCUAUUAAUUAGUAAAUGUUUGUGUUAGUUCUUUCAUGUAAAUUGGUUGUUAAUUGUGUAGCAGAUUGUAUCUGAUUCUUCUACAACAGACCCCAGAUAAAUGCAGAUGAAGGAAAGGUGAUUAGGAGAGGAGGCUUCUUGAGACUAUUGAGGUUGACUCAUUUUUUUAUGUCUCUCCUUUAGGUGUUGUGGGAGAUCACCCGCUUCUUUCUGCUGGCCAUUGAGCUCAGUGUGAUUAUCCUGGGACUGGCUUUUGGUACGCCUUCUAAUAACCACCGCAAUACAUUUAAUUCAUAAAACUAUCUUUUUCAACGUUUAAUUUUUCUGUAUUUAUUUAUCUGUAUUAUUAUUAUUAUUAUUAUUAUUAUUAUAAAAUGUUUUUACUGCUCUAGGUUUAUUAUUAUUAUUAUAAAAUGUUUUUACUGCUCUAGGUUUAUUAUUAUUAUUAUUAUUAUUAUUGCUUGGAUAAUCUUAUCUACUAUUGUGUAUUGAUUUAGUUGAAUUCUUUAUGCGGUGCACUGAACACCGGAAUAAUUAUUACUGUGAAUUAUCACUGUGAAUUGUCACUGUGAAUCAUUGUAAUGUUUGUUUGUGUCAAUUAAACCAGUAAGGGAUGUGUUGCCAACUGGUGAUUUGACACGAAAAUAAAAUGUCAUUCAUUCCAACUCAAAGUUCUAUACAGUAGCCUGGUUCCAGAUCUGUUUGUGCUUUCAUUGUCAACUCCUUAUUUGGCGUGACAAUGAAUGACAAGGAAUUGACAUGAUAGCAGAAACAGACUGGCAUCCAGGCUAACUAUACACAUGAAAUGAAAACAAAAGCUACAAAGUACAUGCUGAAUACAAAGUACAGUAUGUUUAUUAGGACAAUAUGGAGAAGUACAUGACUAGUGUGUGUGUGUCAGGACAAGAUAAUAAAAACAGCACAUUAGCAAAACAAAUGUGCAGCGCAGUGAAAAUGUAAAUGAUGUGCAAACUGCAAAACUAAAACUAGACAUCUGCCUCUGGGCUAGUCUCACUUCUGUUUGUAAGACUGACACUUGUAAUGACUUAGUCACCACUGAUAUGACUACAGUUGCGCACAGUCAUAUAUAGUCAUGCACUGUCUGUAUACGCAGUAGUGAAUAUACAAGUUGUUUAUAGUUAUGGUAUUCUUAGAGGGGGAGGAAUUAGGCUAAGCUUGCUGUAGACUCAAACAGUAUGAAGCUGACAGAGUGGCAUUAUUACUGCACUGCAUAUUCAAAUGUUUUUUUUCUUCAGUUUAUGGUAGUAUCAUAGUCAACAUAACCUCUUGUUUACAUUUUAGAAGUUUGGCCCACUUUUGCCCAAGGAAAUGGAAGAAUGCCCACUGACAUGUUUCUUCUGUUGACAGGCCACCUGGAGAGCAAGUCCAGUAUAAAGCGUGUGCUGGCGAUCACUGCUGUACUGGCUCUGGGUUACUCCAUCACACAGGUAAGACUGGAGACCACUCACAGGGCAGCCCCACACACUCACACGUACAACAUCAUAACAACUCAAACCUCCAUAAUAAGAGGCUGAUAAAGAUCAGUAAAUUACGAGAAAAAAGAUAGCUGGUUAAUGGAACCCCUGUGUUGACCAUUUGAUGGUUCUUCCUCAUCACACCUCAGGGCACCCUGGAGAUCCUGUACCCUGACAAGCACCUUUCCGCCGAGGACUUCAACAUCUAUGGCCACGGGGGACGCCACUUCUGGUUGGCCAGCUCCUGUUUCUUCUUCCUGGUGAGCGGCCAAUGGUUACAGAGCAAAUGCAGCGCUGUCAAAGUUAAUUUUAGAAUAAUGUAAUUGUAUUAAAUAUGUAGUUAUGCUGUCUGGACUUGUGCAUAUAACAUGAAUAAAGAGGUGUUUUCAAUCACUUAUGUUUUGAGAAUUGUUAGAAUUGGAUAUCUUUGUGCCAUCCAUUUGAUCCUCUAAUUUUGCCGUCUUGUUGUUUGUAAUGCAAGAAAGCACCAAUUUCACCAAUGGGUUUCUGCAUGCUAGCACAUACCCAUAGACUUCCAGUCAUUGUGCUAAUGCUAGUUAGCAUUGGCUCGCGACCCUACCUGUAAAUUCCUUCAUACUGGACACAGAGACAUCAAAAUGGGGUCCACCAGUUUAUCUGACACUGGGGAAGUAGAUGAAGGACCUCCCGAAGUACCCCUUUUAACACUGGUCCUUGUGCUUUCAGGUGUACUCUCUGAUCGUCAUCCUUCCCAAAACCCCGGUUAGGGAGAGGAUAUCCUUGCCAUGUGAGUUAUUGGGACAUUUGUUCACCCAGAAAACUAUCAACAGAUGGCAGAGGGCUUUUUUCAGGGUCAUUUUUCCUAAUAUACCAGCCCUAGAGUUCCACAGUGCUGUUUUUUAAUUCUCCCUGAUGUUUAUGAUUAGCUGGAGAGUUGCCUUGUGUUAGUGGCAGUAGAUGGCAGCAAAGUUGACUCACACCACUUCUUGGUCACCUACCUCCACAGCUAAGAAGAGUUUUUACGUGUACGCUGCCAUCCUGUCACUGCUCAACCUGGUCCAGGGCCUGGGCAGCGCCCUGCUGUGUGCCGGCAUCAUAGAGGGGCUCUGGUGAGUGUCUGUACUCUGUGUGUAGAAUAAAAUAUGAAAAACAGGUGAUGGAGAUUCAAGUAAAUGUUCAGCUAAAUGAAACGGAAGACUCUAAAUCAUCACACUGUGAUCUAUGAUUUAUCCUAAUGAAGAAAAAGGGUUAAAAAUGUUGUCUUAUCAAUCACACUUGGAGCAUUGAUCGCAGCACGUACUUUUCUUUUGACGUCUGUGUUUAAGUAAUCAACUGUAGCCUAACUGCAAAGCAAUGGAUUUAUCAAGGUUUUAUCUGUAUCUUCAAGGCUGACCUUUUUAUUAUGACAGUGUUACAUAGACCUUAUAGCUGAGGGUCCAAGUCCAAUUUUUCCCCCAAUCUAAUAUAUAUUUUUUUAUUCCUUCGGACAUACUGUAUCUUAAAGACCCAGUGCAGUCAAAAACGUAAUUUUCCUGUGUUUUAUAUAUAGUUCCACACUGAGUUUGGAAUAAUACUGUGAUAUUGUUAGAUAUUACUGCACUGUCGGAGCUAGAAGCACAAGCAUUUAGCUACACCCGCAAUAACAUCUGCUAAACAUGUGUAUGUGACAAAUAAGAUUUGAUUUGAAAUUGUGAAAAUUAUGAUAAUGCCCUUUUUAGUGUAAGAGCUGUUUGAAAAGACCGCCUCAAAUUUCCGCCUGUUUUGGUGGGAGGGAGUUUCGGCAAAUUUGUUAAUAGACCAAUAAGAAAGAGUUCUAAACCUUUCUGCCAAUAACAAUUUUCAGUUUUCCACUCCCCAAUCAGACCACUCCCAGACAGUCCUAGCAAAAUUCUUGCUUGAGAAAUUGAUCUUUGCUAAGAAGCUAUUUUUGUGUGUUUUUGAUCAUUUUAAUUGAAAACAAUCACAGUAAGGUACUUAAUUGUAACCCAGAAAUGAUUUGAUAUUCAGAUAGGAAUGGUUGCAUUGCACCUUUUUUAAAUGAACUUUUCACUCAAAGCAGAGCAGCUUGUGUUUUAGUGUCCAUGUUCUGAUGUUUUCUGUGUAGCCUAAUUUAAGCCUAGCAGCAUUCUGGUGCUAGGCUAUGGAGCUCUUUCAGUCACUGCUGAUGCCUGGUGAUGUUGUUUAUCUGGGUCAGUGAGCUCCCUGUUAGUCUGAUGUGGUUUAUGUGUAUCUGUGUGAUUUGUAACAGCUGCGUGGACGUCACCACCUUCCUCUACUUCUCCGUGUUCGCCCCACUCAUCUACAUCACCUUCCUCAAAGGCUUCUUCGGGUACGUAAGUCAAAGGCCGAAAACUAUGGCUGUCUGAAAAUGUUACUAGAUGUCAAUCAAUCAAUCAAUUUUAUUUUAUAUAGCCCUUCUUACAUCAGCUAAUAUCUCGAAGUGCUGUACAGAAACCCAGCCUAAAACCCCAAACAGCUAGUAAUGCAGGUGUAGAAGCACGGUGGCUAGGAAAAACUCCCUAGAAAGGCGAAAACCUAGGAAGAAACCUAGAGAGGAACCAGGCUAUGAGGGGUGGCCAGUCCUCUUCUGGCUGUGCCGGGUGAAGAUUAUAACAGAACCAUGCCAAGAUGUUCAAAAAUGUUCAUAAGUGACAAGCAUGGUCAAAUAAUAAUCAGGAAUAAAUCUCAGUUGGCUUUUCAUAGCCGAUCAUUAAGAGUUGAAAACAGCAGGUCUGGGACAGGUAGGGGUUCCAUAACCGCAGGCAGAACAGUUGAAACUGGAAUAGCAGCAAGGCCAGGCGGACUGGGGACAGCAAGGAGUCACCACGGCCGGUAGUCCCGACGUAUGGUCCUAGGGCUCAGGUCUCUCAGUUGGCUUUUCAUAGCCGAUCAUUAAGAGUUGAAAACAGCAGGUCUGGGACAGGUAGGGGUUUCGUAACCGCAGGCAGAACAGUUGAAACUGGAAUAGCAGCAAGGCCAGGCGGACUGGGGACAGCAAGGUGUCAUCAUGCCCGGUAGUCCUGACGUAUGGUCCUAGGGCUCAGGUUCUCAGAGAGAAAGAGAGAACGAGAGAAUUAGAGAGAGCAUACUUAAAUUCACACAGGACACUGGAUAAGACAGGAGAAGUACUCCAGGUAUAACCAACUAACCCCAGCCCCCCGACACAUAAACUACUGCAGCAUAAAUACUGGAGGCUGAGACAGGAGCGGUCCGGAGACACUGUGGCCCCAUCCGAAGAAACCCCCGGACAGGGCCAAACAGGGAGGAUAUAACCCCACCCACUCUGCCAAAGCACAGCCCCCGCACCACUAGAGGGAUAUCCUCAACCACCAACUUACAAUCCUGAGACAAGGCCGAGUAUAGCCCACAGAGGUCUCCACCACAGCACAAACCAAGGGGGGGCGCCAACCCAGACAGGAAGAUCACGUCAGUAACUCAACCCACUCAAGUGACGCACCCCUCCCAGGGACGGCAUGAAAGAGCACCAGCAAGCCAGUGACUCAGCCCCUGCAACAGGGUUAGAGGCAGAGAACCCCAGUGGAGAGGGGAACCGGCCUGGCAGAGACAGCAAGGGCUGUUCGUUGCUCCAGAGCCUUUCUGUUCACCUUCACACUCCUGGGCCAGACUACACUCAAUCAUAUGACCUACUGAAGAGAUAAGUCUUCAGUAAAGACUUAAAGGUUGAGACCGAGUCUGCGUCUCUCACAUGGGUAGGCAGACUGUUCCAUAAAAAUGGAGAUCUAUAGGAGAAAGCCCUGCCUCCCGCUGUUUGCUUAGAAAUUCUAGGGACAAUUAGGAGGCCUGCGUCUUGUGACCGUAGCGUACGUAUUGGUAUGUACGGCAGGACCAACUCGGAAAGAUAGGUAGGAGCAAGCCCAUGUAACGCUUUAUAGGUUAACAGUAAAACCUUGAAAUCAGCCCUUGCCUUAACAGGAAGCCAGUGUAGGGAAGCUAGCACUGGAGUAAUAUGAUCAAAUUUCUUGGUUCUAGUCAGGAUUCUAGCAGCCGUAUUUAGCACUAACUGAAGUUUAUUUAGUGCUUUAUCCGGGUAGCCGGAAAAUAGAGCAUUGCAGUAGUCUAACCUAGAAGUAACAAAUGCAUGGAUUAAUUUUUCUGCAUCAUUUUUGGACAGAAAAUUUCUGAUUUUUGCAAUGUUACGUAGAUGGAAAAAAGCUGUCCUUGAAACAGUCUUGAUAUGUUCGUCAAAAGAGAGAUCAGGGUCAAGAGUAACGCCGAGGUCCUUCACAGUUUUAUUUGAGACGACUUUACAACCAUCAAGAUGAAUUGUCAGAUUUAACAGAAGAUCUCUUUGUUUCUUGGGACCUAGAACAAGCAUCUCUGUUUUGUCCGAGUUUAAAAGUAAAACGUUUUCAGCCAUCCACUUCCUUAUGUCUGAAACACAGGCUUCUAGCGAGGGCAAUUUUGGGGCUUCACCAUGUUUCAUUGAAAUGUACAGCUGUGUGUCAUCCGCAUAGCAGUGAAAGUUAACAUUAUGUUUUCGAAUAACAUCCCCAAGAGGUAAAAUAUAUAGUGAAAACAAUAGUGGUCCUAAAACGGAACCUUGAGGAACACCGAAAUGUACAGUUGAUUUGUCGGAGGACAGACCAUUCACAGAGACAAACUGAUAUCUUUCCGACAGGUAAGAUCUAAACCAGGCCAGAACUUGUCCGUGUAGACCAAUUUGGGUUUCCAGUCUCUCCAAAAGAAUGUGGUGAUCGAUGGUGUCAAAGGCAGCACUAAGGUCUAGUAGCACGAGGACAGAUGCAGAGCCUCGGUCUGACGCCAUUAAAAGGUCAUUUACCACCUUCACAAGUGCAGUCUCAGUGCUAUGAUGGGGUCUAAAACCAGACUGAAGCAUUUCGUAUACAUUGUUUGUCUUCAGAAAGGCAGUGAGUUGCUGCGCAACAGCUUUUUCAAAAAUUUUUGAAAGGAAUGGAAGAUUCGAUAUAGGCCGAUAGUUUUUUAUAUUUUCCGGGUCAAGGUUUGGCUUUUUCAAGAGAGGCUUUAUCACUGCCACUUUUAGUGAGUUUGGUACACAUCCGGUGGAUAGAGAGCUGUUUAUUAUGUUCAACAUAGGAGGGCCAAGCACAGGAAGCAGCUCCUUCAGCAGUUUAGUAGGAAUAGGAUCCAGUAUGCAGCUUGAAGGUUUAGAGGCCAUGAUUAUUUUCAUCAUUGUGUCAAGAGAUAUAGUACUAAAACACUUAAGUGUCUCUCCCGAUCCCAGGCCCUCGCAGAGCUGUGCAGAUCCAGGACAGCUAAGCCCUGGAGGAAUACGCAGAUUCAAAGAGGAGUCCGUAAUUUGCUUUCUAAUGGUCAUGAUCUUUUCCUCAAAGAAGUUCAUGAAUUUAUUACUGCUGAAGUGAAAGCCAUCCUCUCUUGGGGAAUGCUGCUUUUUAGUUAGCUUUGCAACAGUAUCAAAAAGAAAUUUUGGAUUAUUCUUAUUUUCCUCGAUUAAGUUGGAAAAGUAGGAUGAUCGAGCAGCAGUGAGGGCUCUUCGGUACUGCACGGUACUGUCUUUCCAAGCUAGUCGGAAGACUUCCAGUUUGGUGUGGCGCCAUUUCCGUUCCAAUUUCCUGGAAGCUUGCUUCAAAGCUCGGGUAUUUUCUGUAUACCAGGGAGCUAGUUUCUUAUGACAAAUGUUUUUCGUUUUUAGGGGUGCAACUGCAUCUAGGGUAUUGCGCAAGGUUAAAUUGAGUUCCUCAGUUAAGUGGUUAACUGAUUUUUGUCCUCUGACGUCCUUGGGUAGGCAGAAGGAGUCUGGAAGGGCAUCAAGGAAUUUUUGUGUUGUCUGAGAAUUUAUAGCACGACUUUUGAUGCUCCUUGGUUGGGGUCUGAGCAGAUUAUUUGUUGCGAUUGCAAACGUAAUAAAAUGGUGGUCCGAUAGUCCAGGAUUUUGUGGAAAAACAUUAAGAUCUACAACAUUUAUUCCAUGGGACAAAACUAGGUCCAGAGUAUGACUGUGGCAGUGAGUAGGUCCAGAGACAUGUUGGACAAAACCCACUGAGUCGAUGAUGGCUCCGAAAGACUUUUGGAGUGGGUCUGUGGACUUCUCCAUGUGAAUAUUAAAAUCACCAAAAAUUAGAAUAUGAUCUGCUAUGACUACAAGGUCUGAUAGGAAUUCAGGAAACUCAGAGAGGAACGCUGUAUAUGGCCCAGGAGGCCUGUAAACAGUAGCUAUAAAAAGUGAUUGAGUAGGCUGCAUAGAUUUCAUGACUAGAAGCUCAAAAGAUGAAAACGCCAUUUUUUUUUGUAAAUUGAAAUUUGCUAUCGUAAAUGUUAGCAACACCUCCGCCUUUGCGGGAUGCACGGGGAAUAUGGUCACUAGUGUAACCAGGAGGUGAGGCCUCAUUUAACACAGCAAAUUCAUCAGGCUUAAGCCAUGUUUCAGUCAGGCCAAUCACAUCAAGAUUAUGAUCAGUGAUUAGUUCAUUGACUAUGACUGCCUUUGAAGUGAGGGAUCUAACAUUAAGUAACCCUAUUUUGAGAUGUGAGGUAUCACGAUCUCUUUCAAUAAUGGCAGGAAUGGAGGAGGUCUUUAUCCUAAUAAGAUUGCUAGGGUGAACACCGCCAUGUUUAGUUUUGCCCAACCUAGGUCGAGGCACAGACACAGUCUCAAUGGGUAUGGCUGAGCUGACUACACUGACUAUGCUAUUGGCAGACUCCACUAAGCUGGCAGGUUGGCUAACAGCCUGCUGCCUGGCCUGCACCCUAUUUCACUGUGGGGCUAGAGGAGUUAGAGCCCUAUCUAUGUUGGUAGAUAAGAGGAGAGCACCCCUCCAGCUAGGAUGGAGUCCGUCACUCCUCAGCAGGUCAGGCUUGGUCCUGUUUGUGGGUGAGUCCCAGAAAGAGGGCCAAUUAUCCACAAAUGUUAUCUUUUGGGAGGGGCAGAAAACAGUUUUCAACCAGCGAUUGAGUGCUGAGACUCUGCUGUAGAGCUCGUCACUUCCCCUAACUGGGAGGGGGCCAGAGACAAUUACUCGAUGCCGACACAUCUUUCUAGCUGAUUUACACGCUGAAGCUAUGUUGCACUUGGUGACCUCUGACUGUUUCAUCCUAACAUCGUUGGUGCCGACGUGGAUAACAAUAUCUCUAUACUCUCUACACUCGCCAGUUUUAGCUUUAGCCAGCACCAUCUUUAGAUUAGCCUUAACGUCGGUAGCCCUGCCCCCUGGUAAACAGUGUAUGAUCGCUGGGUGAUUCGUUUUAAGUCUAAUACUGCGGGUAAUGGAGUCGCCAAUGACUAGGGUUUUCAAUUUGUCAGAGCUAAUGGUGGGAGCCUUCGGCGUCUCAGACCCCGUAACGGGAGGAGUAGAGACAAGAGAAGACUCAGACUCAGACUCCGACUCGCUACAUAAUGGGGAAAACCGGUUGAAGGUUUCUGUCGGCUGAAUGAGCGACACCGGUUGAGCAUUCCAACAGUAUUUCCCUCCAGAAGCCAUGAGAAAGUUGUCCGGCUGCGGGGACUGUGCGGGGGGAUUUAUACUAACGUUACUGUCUGUACUUACUGGUGGCACAGACGCUGUUUCUUCCUUUCCUACACUGAAAUUACCCUUGCCUAACGAUUGCGUCUGAAGCUGGGCUUGUAGCACAGCUAUUCUCGCCGUAAGGCGAUCGUUCUCCUGUAUAUUAUGAGUACAGCGACUGCAAUUAGAAGACAUCAUGUUAAUGUUACUACUUAGCUUCGGCUGUUGAAGAUGUUGACGAACCAUGUCCAGAUAAAGCGUCCGGAGUGAAAAAGUUGAAUAAGGGAAAAAAGUUGCGAUGGAAAAAAGGAAAAUAAAGUAAAGUUGGCAGCUAAAACGCACAGGAAAAUGACUCUUCUGUCUCGGGAUAAAACGUCCGGGGUGAAAAAGUUUAACGAAAAAAGAUGAGUGAGGACAAAACUAAAAAGUUGGUAAAUUUGUUGAACACAGAGAUUGAUUAAACGUUUAUUAAAAGUAAAACGUGAAUAGUUUGGCAGGUAGCCAAGUAGCAACAAACAGCACAGCAGCACGGAGACAAUGCGGAAGCGAGACGGAAGUCACAUGCACACACUCCUUCCACUUAUUCCGCAAACCAAUCCCUCAAUGGAGGAGGAGGUCCAAGAGAGGGACCUUGGAUUCUCUCCUCCAAUGCGCUUUGAGAUUAAUUAAGGAAACGAGGACAGAAGACACAGGCAAUAUUCCCCAAUGCAUGAUUCAUGUUUGGUUGCAUUUUACUGUUGCCUGAUGAUACCAUCUCCUUUCUGUCUUUUCGGUCUCCCUUUCUUCCUCUCCCUCCUUGUCCCUCUUUUUCCCAACUCUCUUCCUCCUCUCCUCCCUCCUCUAGCUCGGAGCCCAAGAUCCUCUUCUCCUACAAGUGCCAGGUGGACGAGCCGGACGACCAGACAGACGUCCAUCUGCCCCCCACCUCGACCUCUGGUCUGGGCCGCAAGGAGCAGCUGGAGCAAGGCUCCUUCUACUCCAGCACCCAGAUAGACGGCCUGACUGCCACCACCAUGGGCUCCGGCAUGGCUGCCUACCUGGAUGACGUGGCCUCUGGUCCUUUCGGGGCGGGCAGCAUCAACAGCAUCGACAGCGACCGCUGGAGGGCCAUCAACGCCUAAGGAAAAAGAGGAGAUGAGAGGAAAGGGGAGGAUAUGGGAUGUGUGCUAGUGCUAAGCUAGUAGGAGAGGUUAAGUGGAGAGUAGUGAGGUUGGAGUUUGCUAUGGCUCUCUCUCCCCCUCUGGAGAUACUGUGAAGAGGGCCCUCACUGAGGAAACUGCUCCCCCAAUUCAGCUCCUGUUUAUCCUCCAUAUCCUUCAUUUUGGCUCUUGCUGCCUGCUCCAUUCUGGCUCAAACAUUACAUUCUCCCCAAUACCUGCAGGGAACUUCAGUCAAGUAUUAUCCCCCCUGUAAUUGAGUGCGUGGACAUCAAAGCUAAGAAGAACAUGUUCUAUGUUAAGUGUAAAGGUAAUGUCCGUUACAUUCCCAUCGAAGGGUUACAGCUCAGUGAGGUAAAGUCCACUAACUGUGGCUUUGUGUUAGAUUUGUGACUAUUUGGUAACCGGCUCGUAUUGAAUCACCAAUUCACGGUUUCUCGCUCCCUAUAGGCCAGACCUGUCUUUAUCACGCUAGGACCCUUCUCUAAAUUGCAUCAUUCGUAAUGUUUUAUGUUUGAAAUCAGUGCUUUUUUCCACUCUUUGAUGUUUGAAAGGCUACAGUGUAACGUCAUUACCCUCAUUGUAUUAAUUGAGGAACUCUGGCUUGAGUCUGCAGGAGUUUGGAAUGCCGUGUCAAAGACCAUUAGCAGUGCAACUGGUAUCCAUGUGAUUUGCUGCUGGGGCAUGGAGAGAAUCAAAAUGGAUGCUGAGUCGCACCCGUCAUCUCUACCUAUUUUAUGUUAUUAUUUACUGUCUGUUUUAUUUAUUUUAGUGACCGCUCGGUUUUAUGUCGAUAGGUAGUUCCAUCAGCGGAUCAAUCCUGGUAUAAAAAAUGCUUAUAAUGGCUAAAGCAACAUUUACCAACCACCAGUCAAAUGAGAGAUAGAGAAGGCAGGAAUAGCACUUGUGGUUAGGCUAUGUAUUUUGCGGACAUUUUUAUUUCAAGAAAUAUUCAUCCCCAGAUACAUUGGAUUCAACUGAAAAGAAACUGAGAAAAACAAAGGGCAUUUUUUUAUGACUCAAAUAUGAACUAAUAUUGAAAUGUGUUAUUUUCAAUAUAUGAAAUGAUUGAAUUGACCACCUUAUGGUGUUGCUCAUAUGCUCUUCAUAAUCAAGCCCUGAUUUCAUCACAAAGAAAGAGCAACUUUUAAACGCAGUCAAUUUGAUUGCUGAUAAUGCUCAACGCAAACUAAAGACCAAUUUGCAUGAUGCACUACUUCCUUGCAGUAAUCCUACUUUUAUGUCUGCUGUGAACUUAGUAGCCCACAACACAUGGUUUGCUGUGAAACCAAUUCCGUUGGUGGCUGAAAACAAUGUAAUUCCAGUUUGUGUGAAUUCUUUUAGUUUUGUCACUUAUAUUCAUUCCCCCACCCCGAACAAGAAUGGCCCCUUGGAAUGGUAAAACAUUGUCUUGUAAGUGUUGGAGUUGAUCAUCUGACAUACAGCAUCAGUAUGUCAUAUAAAGACACAUUUAUUUUUUUCAUAAAUGUAAGCCACCACAAAGCAAGUGGUAUUUUAUGAGUCUUCUGCCUUGCACGUACCAACACUUGCCCUGCAUCAACAAAGGAAACCCUGUAACUUGCGCUCACACAGGCUUAUAUUUCUAGAGAAAUGUUGUAAGGGUUGCAUUUGAGGGGCAAAAUUAUUGAUGAUGAUAAAUUUGAGUACAAUAUUUAUAAGGUGUUGAUGGGGUGUGGGUUUCAAAUGCAAGUGUUGUCAGGCUACAUAAGAUUUAAUACAAUAUUUAAUUGAAAGGACUUUGAAAAAGAGUAAGGAUACUCAAUGCCAGCAAGCUGUGAAUAACUUGUAAUUGUAUUUAAUAAUGUAUCAUUGUAGAAUAUUCAACCCAUAUGUUGAUGUGUUGAGCAUUCCAUGAGACGAUUAAACCUGCUUCCUAUACA